AAAUCUAAAAAAAAAGAAGGAAAAGGACGAAUGGGUCAAGGUCAGUCAAAGUUGGUCUGACCGACCCUCACCCUUUAAAAAAAAAAAGAAGAAAUUCAAUCGGGGGCAACGAUUUCUCCUCCCCUCCCCCAUUUUUUGUCUUUUAGCUCUCCCAUAAAAAAAAAAUUCAAUCAGGUGCAACGGUCACCGUUGCCCCCUUUCCUCCCCUCCCCCAUUUUUUGUCUUUUAGCUCCCCCCUUUUUCUCUUCCUGCGAUUUCUUCCUUCCUCUUCUCCUUUCUUUUCCUCUCCUGAGCCAAAAAAAAAUCGAAAACCCUAAUGGAUUUUUUCCGAAAAAACCCUAACGACUCUCUCUCUUUUCUCUCUCGUGUUUGCUCCUCCACAACGCCCUCCAGCUCACGAACAAUUGGCAUCAUCCGAAACCCUAGCCGCCUCACCCUUCUCUCUCUUUUUCCUUCUUCCUCUCUUUUCCGGAAUAAAAAACACGGAAUGAAAAAACCCUGAAAAAACCGAAAAAAACCUCAGCUUAGUGGUUAGAUUUUUUUUUCCUUCAGCUCCAUUCUCCAGCAACCUCUCUCCCUCAGCUCCUCUUUCACUCUCAGCUCACGCCUCUCUCACCUCACGACUCUCCCAAAAAAUCCAAAGAAACCCGUAGCUCCCUCAUGAUCCUCCUCGGGCUUUUGCUUUAUUUCUAGUUCUCUAAUUUCGUUGAUUUUCUUUGCAGUUAUUAUCCACUCUUGAGCUCCUUGAGGACAGCCCAACUCUUCAUGGACGUUUGUGCAUGUCCGUGUUUCCUCUCGGUGCUCAAGCGGUUGCCUUAGCACCUAUUUGGGAAAGCAAAACGAGUCCACAAAGGUUUCAUGAAUGGCCCCAAGUUUGACGUUCUCACUGGAAAGCUCGAAAGGCUUCACCCUUCCAUUAGAGCUUCGUAUCACAAGUUCUUGGAGUUGAAUCAAGAUGUCCUAAACUUGGACAAUGGCUGUCGAUGGUCUCUUCUUGUUUGGUUUCCUUUGUUGAAAUGUGAUGGACAAGGAUUUCCUCAAGUCUUCAGAGCAUUUGGAAUUCUUGGCUGAUUCCACGGGAAGGAAGCUGGCAGAAGAUGCAAUUAUGAGGGACGCGAUGAUGCUCGAGAACCAGAUCCCGAUCUUUGUAUUAGAGAAGCUCUUGACCCUUGAGUGCCCUGGGAAUCGAAAAAUCGUCAAGGAAAUCUUCCCGCAGAUUUUGGUGGGAUUCUGCAAGUGUCUCUCGCCCAUCAAACUACCAUGCUCGGCAUACACAGCAGAAAAGGCUCUCAAGAGCGCACAUUUGUUAGAUCUUUUGUAUAACAUCGUCAUGCAGAAAGAAGGGGAAUGCAGAGUUGAAAUUCCUGAUGACAUAUUCAUCGAGGAGAAUGAAGAAGUUUACUCUGAAACUUUAUGGAUAGGUAUGACGACCAAGAGUUCCUUAAUGACCAAAGAUAGUGUCUUAAAAAUUGUGGGAAACAAUCCCCUGACAGGUCAAAUAAUGAAACCGCACGUUGAGUUCAUCAAAGGCUUGAUGGAGCUCCCAAACUCUGCUAUGACAUCAAGUUUACCUGCCUGGGCCAAAGCUCCAGUGACCAGCCAGAACCUACUCCCAACCGCUACUUCCCUCUCCAAAGCUGGCAUUACUUUCUACAAAACCGACGACAUAAAGUCCAUCCAGUUUGACAAGGAGAUUGCCAUGUUCUUUCUUCCCAUGAUCGAACUAGGAGUCAACUCUGAGGUCAUAAUCCGAAACCUUAUAGCUUAUGAGGCGAUGGCAAACAUGUCAAGCUUGAUGUUUGCCCAAUACAUCGAGCUUAUGGACGGGAUCAUAGACACUGAGGAUGACGUCAAGUUGCUCGUCAAGAACGGGAUCAUAGUGAGCAAUCUCAAGGAUUGAGAAGUCGCAAAGUUGUUCAACAAGAUGAGCAAGUCGAUCGAGUUGCCUAUAGAUUAAGAGAUGGAUGAGACUAUUAAAAGGGUGAAGGACUUCUAUAAUGAAUCUGCGAGAAUCAAACGAAUGAAGUUGUAAAAUAAGUAUCUGUACCGGUUUUGGAGGAUACUCGUGCUGCUUGGGGUCGUCAUUGUCUUGCUACUGACGGCCCUCCAGACUGUUAGUUCAGCUUAUAGCUGCCCUCGCCUCUUCAUGUCAUCAGGCAGCUCUUAGAUCACUUGUUAAAAAUUAUUGAUCAUACGUUACUACAGCUUUCCUUUUCUUAUCAAAGACUAAGAAACUCUCGUAUGUAGGUUAUUUCAAUUUUUUCUUUGGUAA